AUGAGAAGAUCGAUCGAGCCAGUAAGGGUGCCCGUGGUCUCAUGGCGACGGGUCGCACCCAGGUGGUGCCAGACCCAAGAAACGCGGAUACCAUUCUUUGAAGAAGGAAAGACAAAUCGUGAAGGCAGUGUGCGGCGGUUCCGAAUGGAUCUCCCCGACGAGGAGACGAGUCCCCUCGAAAAACCGCAGAGUCAGUUUCCCGAUUUCCGCAACAAAAACACCGCGCAGGAAGGCAGCUCUCGACGCCUCUGGUCAGGCCGCCGAUCCAAGACCUACAGCUGA